AGCCGCGGCCGCCGGAACACGUCAAGGAUGAGUCCACCACAAGACAGAAGCCGGAAUUCCUGCGGCAGCGAGACUCUGGCAAAGUGCCUUCAGGCCAGGAAGGACUUGGAGACGGCCAUUUCUGGGAUUGUCAAGGCCGAACAACAGAUUAAAGACAACUGGAGAGAGGUGAAGGCCAAGAUCCACAGCCACAUCAGCCGGCAGCUGGAGUGCCUGCGCAGCCGCGAGGUCUGGCUCUUCGAGCAGGUCGACCUCAUCCAGCAGCUCAAGGAGGAGGCCUUGCAGCAGCAGGCCCAGCAGCUCUACUGGUACUUGGGACAGUUCAAUUGCCUUAUCCACCAGCUGGAGCGCUCCUACAGCAACGAGCUGGCAAACCAGAUUUCAGUUUGCCUGGAGAGACUGGGAAGUCUUACUCUUAAACCAGAGGAGUCUUCUGUCCUGAACUUCGAGGCCGAUACAUCUUACCUUCGCCAGGCUAUUACCUCAUUUGGCUCCAUUAAAACCAUGCAGACCUCAGAGAGAGAGAAUAGUUCUCCCUGGUUUCACGGGCAGAAUUGCACCCUAAUGAACUGUGAACAGAAGGCCCUGUACGGGACAGUGGGUGCCUCGCUGGCCGACUGGCUACUCGGAAGCAGCCCCGGGGGCGUUCGCCAGGCUCCGUACGUGCCCAGCACCAACCUUGAGGACUGGGUGCUGCAGAAGCCCCUGGGCGCAGCAGACCCCAAGCAGGAUUUGCAUUCGCCCAAAGUUUGUUAUUUUGAGCAAGCCUGGGGAAAUCUGAAAGAUUUGGAGCACUGGCUCCUGAAGAAUCAACAGCACGAUGCCACUCAGAAGGCAGAUUCCCGGGGCCGCAAGGACUCCACCUCGACCUCCAGCUCCACCUUUUCCAUUGAAAAGAUUGAGGAACUGGAGUCCUUGGGGCAAGAAGAGAUGGACCUCUCCGACUGGCUGCUAACGUCUGACACAGAAGAUGGAAAUAGUGCUUCGGAUGAGAGAUGGAAGAAUGAGUUUAGACCUUUUAAGGAAGAAUUCCGUCUAAGUGAUUGGCUCGCCAAAGCCGAAGCGUGUACCAGCUGUUGUGGCAGCCAGGCCAAAGGCGUGGAAAUCGAGAACCUGGGAAACCUCAAGUGCCUCAACGAGCAUCUCGAUGGCAAGAAAGCGCCCGCCGCGGCGUCAGCUGCCAGUGCCUGGCUUCUGCAGCCGCCGCCGGCGCCGUUCACCGUGCAGGAGGUGUGCCGGGCCAACGAGCCGUGCGCCAGCCUGGCCGAGUGCGUGUGCGACGAGCCCUGCGGGCGGGAGGCGCUGUGCGCCUGGCUGCUGCGCAGGGACGCCAGGGACAAGAACGGGGUGCCCGUGGCCCUGCCAGCGGCUCCCAGUGCCGUGGAGGAGGCGGCGGCRCGCGGCGCCUGGCUGCACCCCUCGCACCGCGGCGCCCUGUCCGCCGAGAAGGCGGAUCGUUCAGCGGAGACAGCGGAGCCCCUCAAGGCGCUGCUCGAGCGGCCCCUCGCCAGCUGGCUAGCCCGCCCGGAGCACGGAGCGGAACGUGCAGAGGAAAAGGCCAGCAGGGAAGAAGCAGAUAAUAGUUUCAAGAACCCGUUCCUGGACCUCUUGGCUCCGUUCCACCUGCCCCUGAACGUAAACAGCUGGGUGCUGACGUCAAACAGCCUGGAAAACGCCGAGCCGCCUCCCGUGGAAGAUAAAUGGCUGCUGCGCAAGAAAGCACAAGACUUCGGACUCCCUACAGUUUGUGACCUUUUUGCCUGUAUGAAACUGAGUGGAGACAAAGACAAAUGGCUGUACCAGACUCCUCUGCAGAUGUGAAGACUCCGAAGCGUUGGAAUUGUCCCCUUCCUGCUGAUUAAUCGCACAUCCAUGCUGAGUGACUGCAGCCAGAUGAAUUCUUGUG